UGAAAAAAUAGUUGUACUCACAUCUUAGGUUUAUAAACAUAACGUCCACUUCUUUUCUUUUUUAUGAAACAUAAAACACACUUCUCUUAAGUUAUCGCCGCCGAAGCAGCCUCUGUUUUCACUCACUUCAUUCACUGAUUGAGCUAAAAUUCUCGUCAAGGCUUCCCCUAUUUGGUGGUUUUGUAAGAAUGUACUUCUUUUGGCUGCAUAUGUAGCAUGGCACCUGCUCAACAUAUAGGACAGACAGCUUUAGAUAGGAAACCAAUUUUUUCUGUUAAAAUUGCUGCUACUGGUAAAACGAACACUAUACCAUAUAAUUCCGAGAAGAAAGGUUUCAACUAUAGAUACAACAUUGUUCAAAUGGAAAGUACCUUGAAUGCACGAAAUACUAAAGCUUCAAACAGUGCCACGGAUGUGGCUGUCGAUGUAACUGGAUUUGCAAGAAGCAGCGACAUCAGAUUAGCUGCGAAGGAGGAUCCUGAUGAAACUGAAUACUCGAGCUCAUUUGCUGACACUACAUCUGGAAAUGAUAAUGGUUCUGGGCCAAGUGAUGCCGAAGUAGAGUCACGAUUCUAUGAUGAUAGUGGCUUGGCAUCUUCAUUCGACGGAUUUGGCAGCUUGUUUCCAAUAAGGAAGAAAAAGUUAACUGCUCACUGGAGAGACUUUAUACAUCCCAUAAUGUGGCGGUGUAAAUGGGCAGAACUCAAGAUGAAAGAGCUUCAGUUGCAGGCAGCAAGGUACAACAGAGAGAUAUCAGCGCUUGAUGGGAAAAAACAUAGGGCAUUAGAUCAAGCUACUUUGGAAGAGUCAGGCUCGAAAUCAUUGCCAUUUGUUUAUCCAAGGCACAGGAAAAAAACCAUGAAGAGGAGAAAGAGGAAAAGAGUUGAGGAUGGAACAGAUAUUGCAGCACAAAUGUCCACUCAUAACCUUUUCUCUUAUUUUGAAAAUAAAAAGCUGGAUUUGGAUGGUACACCAGCUGGAGAUGAUAUUAGUAAUGCAGCACUGGCAGAACAGAAAUCCAAUGGCCAUGAUGAGUUUGGUAAUGAUGAUGAUUUGUCAAUUCUGGAAAGCAGCAAUAGUUUUCUUGAGCAGAUCCUUCGCAAAAUUGAACUUGUACAUAGUCGGGUUCAUAAGUUGAAGGACCAACUUGAUACAGUGAUGACGAAAAAUGCAAUAAAGUUUUCUUCCUCUGAGAAUCUGAUGUCAUUUGAUGGACAGGCUAGCUCUAUUCGUAGCCCUACAUUCUCGGCAUGCAAUGGAGACACAAUAUCAGCUGGAGCUUUAUAUGCAACAUCUCAGCACAUGGUAGAUUAUGAUCUUGGAGAUUUUGUCAUGCCUGACAGUACAAUGUCAAGCUAUGGAGAGGCUAUGCCUAUUCCUGACAUCAUUGAAAGUACAGUAGGACUUUUAUCCUCUGUGGAUGUCACGCAGCAGCAGGCACAAGUCGGAGAUUCAAGCGAAAGAAUUGUUGAUAACAUUCUCAUACAUAAUGAAGUAUCCGAAGUAGGAGGACACAUUUUGACGAUGAAUCCUGACAAAUCCUUGGAGAAACAUCAAGAUGUGAGAAAUAAUGUGGAAGAAGAAAGCUCUAAUCCACCGCUCCCUGCAUCAGAUCCUAAUGCGGCAGUUAAAGCAUCCACAUCUCAGGAGAAUCCACCUCCCCCUGCAUCAGAAUCUAAUGCAGCAGUUAAAGCAUCGACAUCUCAAGAUCAAUCAACAUUUAAGUCGUGCUUAGCCUCGGAUAUCCGUUUUCCCAAAAACAAAAGAAAGCGAGGAGAACGUAAAGCCGGUUCAGUUGGUUGGAAUCGUAAAAUGCCGGGUGAACCUGAUAGUCAGUGACUCUUAUAUAUAGAACAUGUUUUGACUUGCCGAAAUGUUGUCAAGAAAUGCAAACCUCAUGAUAAUGGUGGAUGAGCAGGAAAAGGUCCCAUGCCGCUCAACUGCUCAAAAUAGUCUGCUCAUUUGGGAUCUUCCAUAGGAGUUGUUAUGCCAAUACUUGUGACUUUUAAUUUGAGGAUGCCAUACUCUAAUAGUAGUCAGGUAGAGCUGAAGUGGUUUGAGUAUCACGAUAGGUAGUGUAACCUUUGUAGAUCAUAUAAUGUAUCUUUUAGCAUUCAAUUGAACACCCUUUUGAAUUUAAGGAGUAGAAAUUAGUACAGCAAUUUGUUCUUUUUAGUGUU